UUGCGCGCCUUAAUGGCAAAAGUUGAAUGUUUUCAGCCUCAAUCCAGUUGCACGUUGAAUACAUGCAUUUUGUUUUGAAAAGGUUUCCAUUUUUGCGGAAGAGGAGUAUCAUAAUAGUGAUUAUGGAGUUUGAGGUUAACGUGAGCUGCAUUGAUUGUUUGCCAUACGGAGCGAAUAGAAGCAGCCUGGCACUUCCGACCUCCUCGGCGGGAGUGACGACAGCGCUGGCCAGCGUGCUGAUAUUCACCAUAGUCGUUGACAUCCUCGGCAACUUACUUGUUAUUUUAACCGUAUUUAGAAACAAGAAACUCAGGAAUGCAGGAAACAUCUUUGUGGUCAGCUUGUCCGUAGCAGACCUGGCAGUAGCAGUGUACCCAUAUCCCCUGGUUCUUCUGGCCAUCUUCCAUAACGACUGGACUAUGGGGUACAUGCACUGUCAGGUGAGCGGCUUCAUCAUGGGUCUGAGCGUGAUCGGCUCCAUCUUCAACAUCACUGCCAUCGCCAUCAACCGCUACUGCUAUAUCUGCCACAGCCUGCAGUACGACCGGCUCUACAGCCUCAAGAACACUUUCUGGUACCUGUGUCUGACGUGGCUCCUCACUGCCAUCGCCACCAUCCCCAAUUUCUUUGUGGGUUCCCUGCAGUACGAUCCCCGGGUGUAUUCCUGCACCUUCGCCCAGACGGUCAGCUCCUACUACACCAUCUUGGUGGUGGUCGUUCAUUUCCUGAUACCUCUCCUGGUGGUUUCCUUCUGCUAUCUAAGGAUCUGGGUGCUAGUCAUCCAGGUGAAACACCGGGUUAGGCCGGACUACAAGCAAAAGAUAACAUCGAGCGACCUGCGCAACUUCCUGACUAUGUUUGUUGUGUUCCUACUUUUUGCCGUAUGCUGGGCGCCGCUGAACUUUAUUGGAUUGGCCGUUGCGAUCGACCCAGCUAAAGUGGGCCCAAACAUCCCAGAGUGGCUCUUCGUCUCCAGUUACUUCAUGGCUUACUUCAACAGCUGCCUCAAUGCUGUCAUCUAUGGGCUCCUGAACCAGAACUUCCGGCAGGAGUACAAAAGGAUCCUGUUAGCUUUGUGCACGCCUCGGCUGCUGUUCAUGGACACCUCGAGACUUGGGACCGAUGGAUUCAAGAGCAAACCAUCGCCUGCCAUUACUAACAACAACAUAGCGGAAGUAAACGUGUGAACAAAACAGCAUUUGUUUAUGUUCUUGUCCGUCAAAAAAAUCCAAAUGAAUGCAGCAUUUGUGUUUUAUUUAUCAUGGAAGUCAGGACUUUUCACGUAGUGCCUUUCCAUUCCUUUGAAUGAAGUCAGGCUGCACUGUCUGAUUUUUUUUUACCUAUUCACCCCAAUGCAGUUUUUCAUGGUUCGUUUUCACCCUGAAUCACACAGUCAUAUGGUUUAUUCACUGUGUCGCUAAAAAGGACAAACAACUGAAAAUUGAAAAUCACAGCAAAAAAAAAGUUUUUAAUUUAAAGUUGUUGAAUGACUGGUUAAAUGUUCAAUGACAGUGUUCUUUUCAAAUAAUGAACAACAAGGCAUUUUCCUUUAGCUCUUUGCAGAAAAUACUUAUAAUUUUGAUCACCGUUUCCAAUCAUUUUCCUGUUGAAUCAUUUUGCAUCAGAUAGCAGGUAAAAUAUUUUGGCAGUUAUAAAAACGCAAAAGGUGUUGAGAUGAGAUUGCAACAGGCAUCUUUACCUGUGAAGCACAUACUUUUCAAAUGGCUGUUGGUACAUUAUGUUAAAUGAUAACUUGUAUGCUAGAAAUUAAAUAUUUGUUUUUGGGUACAAAGAAAGAAUAGUUUCUAGUAGCUGCGGUUUAUGACUGAGAUACAUUUUUGCACUGUCACUAUUGCAAAUGAGAUUCUCUACAUUGUCACCCAAAAUUUACCAUAUCUGUUAAGUGAGCCAUAUUCAAAAUGAAACACAAUCAAGAAACAACACAAUAAAAUAAGCAUUCCAUUAUAUUGUACCACAGGA